GCCCUGCCCCGCCCUCCUCCAAGCCGGAGAGUGGUGCGUGAGCGGUCGGUGCUGCAGUCGCUUGACUCGGUUUUCGGCGCGGUCUUUGUCCGCCGCUUUGUUCUCGCCGCGCUGGCGUCGUCCUCGCCUCCAUCGCCGCCCGCCCCGCGCGCCCGGGCCUUGCCCGCCAUGGUCGCCCGGCCCGAGCCUGAGGUCGAGGCCAUGGAUGCUGAGCUGGCUGUAGCGCCUCCGGGCUGCUCGCACCUGGGCAGCUUCAAGGUGGACAACUGGAAGCAAAACCUGCGGGCCAUCUACCAGUGCUUCGUGUGGAGCGGAACGGCCGAGGCCCGCAAGCGCAAGGCAAAGUCCUGCGUCUGCCACAUCUGCGGCAUCCACCUGAACCGGCUGCACUCUUGCCUCUACUGCGUCUUCUUUGGCUGUUUCACAAAGAAACACAUCCAUGACCAUGCAAAGUCAAAGCGGCAUAACCUGGCUAUUGACCUGAUGUAUGGAGGGAUAUACUGCUUCUUGUGUCAGGACUACAUCUAUGACAAGGACAUAGAAAUCAUUGCCAAAGAGGAGCAGCGCAAGGCAUGGAAGUUACAAGGUGUGGGAGAGAAGUUUUCGACUUGGGAACCAACCAAGCGGGAGCUGGAACUGCUGAAGCACAACCCGAAGAGGCGGAAGAUCACCUCCAACUGUACCAUCGGUCUUCGAGGACUGAUCAACCUGGGGAACACAUGCUUUAUGAAUUGCAUCGUGCAGGCACUGACCCACACGCCGCUUCUGAGAGAUUUCUUCCUGUCAGACAGGCACCGCUGUGAGAUGCAGAGCCCCAGCUCCUGCCUGGUCUGUGAGAUGUCCUCUCUCUUCCAGGAGUUUUACUCGGGGCACCGCUCCCCACACAUUCCGUACAAGCUGCUGCACCUGGUGUGGACACAUGCCCGGCACCUGGCGGGUUAUGAACAGCAGGAUGCACAUGAAUUCCUCAUUGCAGCCCUGGAUGUCCUCCACCGGCACUGCAAAGGUGAUGACAAUGGGAAGAAAGCCAACAACCCUAACCACUGCAAUUGCAUCAUUGACCAAAUCUUUACCGGUGGGCUCCAGUCUGAUGUCACAUGCCAAGUGUGCCACGGCGUCUCCACUACCAUAGACCCCUUCUGGGACAUCAGUUUAGACCUGCCCGGUUCUUCCACCCCAUUCUGGCCAUUGAGCCCAGGGAGUGAGGGCAGUGUGGUUAACGGGGAGAGCCAUGUAGCAGGCACCACCACUCUCACAGACUGCCUGCGAAGAUUUACCAGACCAGAGCACUUGGGAAGCAGUGCCAAGAUCAAGUGUAGUGGUUGCCAUAGCUACCAAGAGUCCACAAAGCAGCUCACCAUGAAGAAGCUGCCCAUUGUGGCCUGCUUCCAUCUCAAAAGAUUUGAACACUCAGCCAAACUUCGGCGGAAGAUUACCACAUAUGUGUCUUUCCCCCUGGAACUGGACAUGACACCCUUUAUGGCCUCCAGCAAAGAAAGCAGGAUGAAUGGGCAGUACCAACAACCCCUGGACAGUCUCAACAAUGACAACAAGUACUCCCUCUUUGCUGUUGUUAACCAUCAGGGGACCUUGGAGAGCGGCCACUAUACCAGCUUCAUACGGCAGCACAAAGACCAGUGGUUCAAGUGUGAUGAUGCCAUCAUCACCAAGGCCAGCAUCAAGGAUGUGCUGGACAGCGAAGGGUACCUACUCUUCUACCACAAACAGUUCCUGGAAUAUGAGUAACCUCCUGCCCUGCUGGCCAGGAAGAAGAAAAAAGAUAAAAAAGAACAAGUUGGCAAGCUUCCUGACAUGAUCCCUGGUCUCCCCACAUCAGAACACCAUGGUAUCCCUCCUGUGCAGACAUGCCUCACACAUGGCCCCUCUGCACUAGAAGAUGUCAGGGUGGGCAUGAGCUGUAAGAUUGAGUGGAGUGUGCCCUUGGUGGACAGGAACUAGUGGGCCACCUCUUGUCAAUCUUGUGGUAUGCUGAGGGUGAUGUCUUCCCAGCAGAUGAGCCUCUGCCUGGUGUUUCACCCUGUCAUCCCACACGGGUUUAAAAAGCACCUGUGUUGAAAAUGAGCCCAUGAAAGCUGUAGAGUAGGCAGAGAUGAUGCCAGUGGGCAGAGUGCUUGCAGCACUCUGUGUCCGGUGGCAUUAAGAACAGGGAGUGCCUGUUCUUUCUAAAGUAGUAAAAUAACCCUGAGCCUAGGUUGAGGCCACCCACAGGCUAAAAAUAUCUGUCCUACAGAUAACUUAGCAUCAACUGCAUGUGGAAACAUCAGCCCAGAGGUUCCCUUUGUUUUCUAGAAAUAGGCAUCUUCUUACCUCUACCCCUUGCUCUUUUUCCAUGAUAGUGACUUUCAUAAAUGUGCUAGUAGUAAAGUGAAUGAUUAUCAAGUUUAUGUGGAAAUGUGGGUGAUCCUCUUUCCUUCUGAGAACAGAGUGUCUUGCUUUAUGGUUAGUGCUGUUUCCUUGCCCUGUACCCUGCCUUCCUCUCCACACAGUUAGCCAGUGGCCAGGCAGUGGAGAAUGGGGUCUCUGUUAUCUUCAUCUUUGCAGUAGAUGGAAUAUUAUUCCUUGGUGGUUACAGUGACCCAGUCUUCCAUGUUUCUUCUUGGUCAUUGGUUCUUUUGCCUGUCCAGGUGGUUUGGUGGCUAUGUGAGAAUUGAAGCUGAGUGCUCUUGAUGGAGACUGCAUUGCAUCGUUUCACCCACUUGCCUCUGCUCUGUGUUCACUAUAGUUUCAGUUUUCAGUUUUAUGGCCAGAAUGAAAAGGCUUGGUGACCAGUUCUGCUGACAGGGUUAAUCAAUGAAGUUUCUUGUAAGAUAUUUUGCAUGUGUUUUUGGACAAGGCUUAGGUUGUCUAUUUCUAAGAAAUUAAAAUCUAGAGUCUUAGUGCUUUCUCUUUAUACCACUGCCUUUUCAGUGGUGCUUGCCCAGGAGCCUAUUGGCACAUCACCCCAGGAGUUUCAGGACCAGCAAGUGUUUCCUAAGAGCCAGGCUUAGAGCUGUAGGUCUACAGCAGGUAUCAUGUGCACCACUCAUGCGUAGCAAGUACAGCUGUAUUCUGAUCGUCUUUAAUUUACACGCCCUAAAUUUGAAUUACAUAGAAUUAUGUGUACAGAAUUUUUUUAACUGUUUGAAGAUAAGACUUUUCUUCACUGUCAGGCUACAAAGAGGCAGGGCAGGUUCCAUCCCAGCUCCUCAGUUGGUUGUGAUGUGAUGAGGUAGCAGUGGCAAAACUGAGAGGUUGCUAUUGAGUCAUGUAAAAAUCACGGAAGUCAGGGGGGGGGCAGCUAAAGCCUCCUGUGUAGUGUGUACACUUGCCAUGUUCUCCUCUGUUGUGCAUUUCUAUUUCUGCAUUUAAAAUAAAGAACAAACUUGAAGCAUGUUUUAGAAAAUGCCCUUUUUGAGAAAUAUGGGUGAGCCCAGAUUCUCAGGCAUGGAUUGGUGUUUGUGGGACUCAGCUAUGGAGCUGCCCUUGGGGAAUCAUAUUCUUCUGUUUGUGAGCACCCAUAGGAAAGACUUCACUGCAGUUGGCCUAGAGGAACCAGAGCCCAAAACGUCCUGAAGGCCUGCCUCCUUGAUACUCUGGUGGAUGGGGCAUCCAGAAGCAGGGGAAAUGAGCAGGUGUGCUGGCCAGGCCUGCUUCCUCUAUCCCCACAGCACACAGCCCAUCUCUGCCUGAAUUUGGGGCACUGAGGAGGACAGAACCUGUUUUCUGUCAGAGCGGCUUUCACCUUUUAUAUCCAAGUGCAGCAUUCCCCUUCUUUACUGCGGGCUUAAUUCUAAGUACCUCCCUCUGUGCCUGCAGCAAGGAGGCCAACCAACUCCAUGACUGCCACACCUCUAUCUGGCCCUACCUCUGUGUCCUGGGACCCUCAGCAUGAUGUCUCAGCUAGACAGGCAUAUGUGGACAACUGAGGAGCACGAGGUCUGAGCAGUGAGCUUGGGAAGUUCUUCCAGUUACCCCAUUGAAUAGCAAGGCAGGAAAAGGGUUUCCCAUCCAAGGAAGUGCUCAGAUGGCCAUGAAGCGUGUCUCCUCCUACAGGGCUGCAUUGCCCAGCCCCUCACUCCACACUGCUGGUACCAGCCUCACGGGAGACCACACUAGCCCUCUUCAGAUGUCUUCAAUUCAGGAGGUAGGAUGGGAUCCGUGAUUCCUCUCUUCAUCCCAGGAGCCCCCCUCAAGCUGGGCACUGGUCUGAGCACCCUACACCAUGUGAACCUGAGUGCUGUUGUGUUUGGCUUGGUAUAUAUGCUUUUCCUUGUGUAAAAUUAUUGUUCUUUUUGACAAGUGGCUUGUUUCAUUUAUUAUAGCUUUGAAAUAAAAAAUUGGGAGGCGGGGAAAUCUAAUGAUUGUACUAUGGUUAGAAGUUUUAUUACCAAGACACUUUCUCCCCUGUCAUUUUGAGGGAUUUGGCUGUCUCCUCCCUUGUGGCUUUCAGUCUUUCCUAUAUCCUAAUAAAGCUGCAUUUUAUUCAGAA